AUGUCUGAUUCACUAUUAAAUGAUGAGUCUCAAAAGAUUCGGACUCAGCAACUGAAACUUGAAAAAUUGCAUGAAGCCAUGAGACGCUAUCCAGGGUCGAAAUACUUCAUUGAUUAUGAAGAUUGGACCAAAGAAGGUUACUUUAAGUAUCGAUUUGAGUUUGCGUCUAGAAAUCCAUCAGCAGCCGCCAAGCAAUACAAUCAGCUUAUGGACCUUUUUCGGAACUCUGGAUCGACAGCUCACCUUGAGUACGCCUCCAUCAACAAAAUGAAGAUGACCAAAAGAUGGGUUAUGGAUCUAUGUUCAGUACCUGCUGAUGGAGAUCAGAUGGCCAGUGAUACCGAUACCAGCAUUUUGAGUGCCACGAGUGCUGUAACCGCAUCAACGCUUUCCUCAUCCACACUUGACGCUAUGUUGGAGGCAUUUAAUAAUAACUACGAAUCAUAUGAAGGACCCUCUAUGGACCUGCCGAGUGGAAUUGUUUUUGACAAAGCCAUACGCGACAGCGCCAUCGAGCAGAUCAAUCCAAAAAGAUACGACAUUCCAAAAUGGAAGACCGACAUCGUUCUUGGAUACGAAACUGUGCAAUCAAUUUACGAAGCAACUCGCAAUGGAGCUGAUAUCAAGAUCGCAUCAAUUGAAGGCGUGGAAGAAAAAGAGCUCAUUGCAUUCAACAAAAUGAUAUUUGAUUUCAUGACUUCAAUUUACAACUUCUAUGAAGAUAACGGAUCCUGCUUUGAAUUGGAGCGAUCAUUAAAAAACGCUACACGCACUCUAAAUGACCGACAAUCGAGUGGCCACAAGGUUGAUGCAAUCUUUUAUUGCAAAGAAGCCUCACUCCUCGAGAUCGGAGCUGUUGAAGGAGGCAAAAAAGAUGAAGGAUCCUAUGGAACGAAGGUCCUAUCUGAUGGAUUGAAAACUGCCAAGUCACUGAAAGAUAUGCAUGAUUAUGCAUGUACUGAGACCUGUUUAAAUGGUAUUCAACAACAGACAGCUCGUGAAAAAGUUGAGGUGUUUGGGUUCCUUGUCUCUGGAUUAAGAAUUCAAUUCAUAACUUUGAAGCACUUUGGAGGGCGUUUCAUGUAUCUUCAUCGAGAAACGCCACAAUCGAUGCCACGACAACUUGAUGACAAAUCUUUCAGAAAGGUAAAGAAGUUACUGAUUACUUCCUUAGAGAUACGAGAGUAUAUGAGGGAUUUGGUUGAAGGCCUUGUAGAACUGAUAUAUAACCUCAAUGUAAGAAACACCGAUCAAUACAAGUAUGCUCAAACUUUGACCACUCCACCCUCCUCCCCAAAACUCAAGAAAGUAAGAAUUUAA